CGUUGUUAUACUGCACAACGCAUUUUAAAUGCUCAUCGAAACCUCAACAAUACAGCCUUAGUUAUAAAUGUAAAUCAAUUCUGUUUAUAACACUUUUAUUAUGAAAACCAAGCUCUUCGCCGCUACUAGGAUACACUCUACAAACGGCUUUGAUAUGCAACUGUCAGCAACAGACAGUUGUAACAUAAGACACUGAGCAGUUCAGAAUGCAUUGCUAGAAUUUUCUUCUAACUAUUCCAUAUAAUUAUUAUCGCGGAAAAGUCGUUAAACUGCGAUACCAAGCAUCGAUGGCGUCCUAGACUACGUGCAAGCUUGUUAGGUUUGGUUUCUAAAGACACCGUUGCUACAGCGUACUGCAGAACGUUGACCUAUGUCGUGCCUUUUCGUCCAAUCACGAACAAGUACUAGUAACGAAAAUUUAAAAUCAACCAAUCAAAUGAAAGAACGAUUGUGCCUACCGGAAGACGGUGUUUUCAAGACGCCGAAGUGAGAAGAAAACAAAAGUAGCUCGCAAUUGUAAUUUAACUACAUUUUUACCAUAUCGACGUUUGAAUGUUUGGAAUUUCGCAUGAGAAGAUCAAUGAGAACACGCUCAUCCUCCCCACCACUGCACGUGCACGUGAACGAGAGCACACCUGUGCACGUGCAUGUGAAGAAGAGCACAGAAAGCAGCCCUACCAAGACACUCCAGGUUAAGUCUAAAAGUGGUUUGCGUCCUACUGCAAAAGUAAAGACGAAGGUUCCAUGGAUCCCACCUGGCAAAGUCUCAACUCGAGAGACCCCAUAUAAGUGGGAGGGACCUACUCAUCGUCUGGAGAUAACACCUCUAUCAGAACCCGAACGCUCACAGUCUCCGCUCCGUAGAGAAGAUCUCUCCACUGAUGAAGAAGAUGCUCUGCACGGACGCAUUAACCAGUAUGAGAAGAAGAUCGACAGCCUGAUGACAGAGGUCAGCUCUCUAAAAAAUGAGGUUGAACUCCGUAAGAAGGAGCAGCUCAUAGAGCGUCAGUCGGAGAGGUUGAGCGCAUCACAGCGUGUCAUCGCCGAUCAAGAGGAGGAGCUUGCUGAGGUCACCAGGGAGUUGGAGGCCACAGAGCAGGAGAACAACCGUCUGCGAGAGUCCAUGGAGAAGAUGAUGGUAGAAAGUGAUUAUGGGAGAUUAGAGAGAGACAGUCAGCAGUUAGACAAAGAUGCUCUGCUCAGGAAAUUGCUGGAGGCAGAGAUGGACAGCAGCGCGGCUGCCAAGCAGGUCUCGGCUCUCCGUGAAAUGGUCAGCCAGAUGUUCAGGAGUGAGAAAAAACUAUCAGGAUCAGAUACAUCACUCAUGGCGAGACAGAAGGAACUCUUACUACAGAAAUUGGAGACUUUUGAGAGAACCAAUAGGGCCCUCAGACAUCUCCUGAGAGAACAGCAUAGUCGAGAGAUGGAUUCUCUACGACUACUGGAGCAGAAAGAUGAUCUUCUGAAAAGGCUUACUGAUGUGGAGGCAGAGAAUUCGCGUAUUCUUGUAAAACUUCAGGACAAGGAAAUGGAGAUUAAUCAGCUCUCUUCCAUGUUAGCCCAUGAAAAGGAGAACUCAAAGACCACCAGUGAACUUUCCAAAGUCCAGGAAUCCACCCGAGCUCAUCUGCAGGGUCAGCUACGCAAUAAAGAGUCAGAGAAUAGUCGCCUAAAUGUUCAGAUCAGGAAUCUAGAGCGAACUGUCAGCCAACAGCAAGGGGAGAUUGAUCACCUGCAGGAGCAGUUACAGCAGCUCAGGCAGCGGGCAGAGGCUGAUAAGGAGGCCUUGAAAAAAGCCACACGGGCACAGAAACAGCGGGCACAGCGCAGUGAAGACACCGUUGGACAGCUUAGUGCCCAGCUCAUGGAGAUAGAGUCUCAACUGGCAGAUACAAUGGCAGCCACUGAGAACUUGAACAGUCGUCGUGUAAAGGAAAUAAAGGAUAAGACACAGCUAGAGAUGGAGAUCACACUGCUAAACAGUCGUAUCACAGAACUGAUGGAGCAGUUGCACGGACAGGAAGAGAAAGCCAGAUCGGAGAGAGACGGACUGUUGGAUCGCCUUCAUGCGCUCACUACUGACAACACUACUGUACGCUUGGAGAACCAAAGCCUUAAGGCCACUUUGUCUGCUUUGGAAGAGAAGCUGACCUUGUCCCAAUCUGAGGUCCAGCAGAUCAAAGUUUCAGUUAAGCAGUAUGAGAGCUUGGUGGACAGCUACAAAGCGCAGAUGCAAAAGACCCGUGCCGAGGCGGACGAGUACUGCGCACGCCUACAGGUGGCCGAACGUGAAGCGCAGACGGUAAGAGAAGAGCUGGACCAGGAGAUCCAGCAGGUCAGGAAGCAGCUUCUCGGCCGUCUGGGAGAGCUAGAGCCGCUUCCUGAAGCUCUGAGACGCGCUGAAUUUCAACUGCAGGAAGUUCACGAGAAAGAACGUUCCCAAGAGAGGAGAAAUGCUGAACUCAGUACAGCCCUCGCAGAGCUACGAAUUAAGGUGGAUCAGCAGGGCAGUCAUGCAGAGAUGGUGAGACACAAGAACAUGGCGCUACUUGAAGAAAACAAGCAGCUUCAACACAAAGCAGAGUCCCUUGAACGAAAGAUGGAAGAAGUAACCUCCCAAAAUCGAGACCUCAUGCAGGUGAUUGCGAAACGUGAAGAGUCGAUUCACGGCAACCAAGUGCGUCUGGAGGAAAAGUCCCGGGAGUGUAGUAUUCUGACACGGCAGCUAGAAGAUGCGCUCGAAGACGCUCGUCGACAGGUUACCCAGACCAGGGAGCGGGCGGCAUCAAAAGAGCGUGCCACUCAGGCCAAAGUUGUUGACUUGGAAACGCAACUGAGCAGAACCACAACUGAGCUGAACCAAUUACGACGGGCCAAAGAGGAGGCGGAUCGGAGAUACCAAAGCCGUUUACAAGAUGUCAAGGACAGACUAGAGCAGUCUGACAGCACAAACCGAAGCCUCCAGAACUAUGUCCAGUUCCUCAAAUCUUCCUAUGCCAAUGUGUUUGGAGAUUCUGCUCUCACUGGCUCCUCAUUCCGGACACAUUCACCAAUCUGAGAGCUCUUUUAGGUUUCUUUUCUUAUGUAGGCUGAAAUACGUCUGUCUACGAUUUUAAAACUGAUGACCUCUUGUUAUGCUUCAAAUUUGAUUCUUUAUCACUUGUUUCUGGCAUAUCUCUUUAGUAUUAUAUGUCCAAGUUAGAAUUAGGAAUUUGGCUUCAUACUGACAGAAUCUUUUUUUGUGCCUGUCUAAAUACAGUUGUUAUAAAAGGACUUUUUU